AUGGCGAUUGCAUCAACAUCUUCUCAUCAAGACUUCGACCAUCUUUUUACUCUUUGUAAAUAUAUUUCCCAAACUGCAUCACGUAUCCGAUUUGGACAUCUUUCCAACAAUUCCUCUUCUCUUGAUGAUAUACAAUUCUGUCGCGAUCAAUUAUUGUCCAUCGCUGAGAACUUGGAAGGUUCCACUAUCCUACUUGAAUCAUUACUAGUAGGUGAACAACGACGACCAAUUGACAUCUCAAUGCAAAAGUCAAGACAUUGCUAUACGCGUGACGAAUUGUUGAAAUUACGUCGACAUGUUUCACCGAAUCUAUCCAAUCAGAUCAAGCAUUCUCUAGAAUUAGUUGUUGACCAUGUGAAUGCUCAGUCGAACAAAGCGUCAUGGAAAAAUAUUCGAGAUAUUAUAGUUUGA